GCUCGUGCCACGAUUAAGCAGAUGUUUGACACUUCAAUUCACUCGAUGAGUUGAGGUCGGAACGAGGAAAGGAAUGCCAUGUUGAGGAACCUGCGUAACUUCUUUGCCCCCGGCGGGGGCAACGCGGAGGAGUCAGGGAGCACAGCGACGCAAGCGAGACCCUCAUCGCGGCUUUGGGGACUGCGGGGGUUCAACCACCCUGAUGUCGGGCCGCGGUUGGUGCACUGUGCGGUAUUGAUACAUCAAUCUGUGACGCGGAUGUAAUGUCACAGGAAAGUUGUGGAGUGGUCAAAGUCCCAGUCUGUGAAGAUGCUGGUACAUGAUGACUGAGUAGAAGCGCCAAAAGAAACCAAUUUCAAUACAACAGGCUGAGGAGUACGCAACGCCACAGAAGUACAUAGAUGGGGCGGAUAUACCGACGUUUUUCCAAUUUCAGUCGAAUAUGGUUACAGACGAGGACCAGAAGCCCGGUAUGCUCAGAAAUCUGGACGUCGAUAAGCGUUUGACCUUGCCGACGAGAACGCACAUACGUAAAUUCAUUUUAUGAAAAGUUUUUGCUUUUGUUUUGUGGGUGGUAGUUUCUUGCCGUUUCCAGUCAUGCGGUCUUGUGCGUGCACUGAGAAUUCUGUUAUUUGUAGUGUAGAUGGAAGCGGAAGGCUUGCUCCUGGACCUUCACACACGACACAAGACUUUCUUUUCUGUUGCGAUUUCAGGUUGCCUGAUCACAUCACAUGACGUGCUCCAUGCCUGGGCCGUGCCAGCACUGAACAUCAAGAUCGAUUGCGCACCAGGGCGCAUCAACCGUAUUUUUUCUACUUUCGAUCAGACUUUUGUUCUGAAAAAUAGGCUGCGUUCAAAACAGUGAAAAGUCUGCAUGCAAAACCAUUUUUGUUCCGAUAGGCAUCACUAUGAGGACUAUCGGUUGAAUUAUGGCAAACGCAAAAUUAACUCCGAGGUAUUUUCCUGUUUAUCCAGCGGGAGGGCGUGUAUUACGGCCAGUGCAGCGAGCUGUGCGGAAGUUUGCACGCCUUUAUGCCGGUCGUGAUUGAAGCGGUAUCGCCUGAACGAUAUGCGAAGCACGCAAAGAAGUGGUACGUCGAGUAGAAUUGAGAAGCAACAUGAGCAGCGGAAAUCUUUACGGAAGGAACAAAAAAAAACAAAGACACAGACAAACGCUUUGCGUUGCCGCGUCGCGUCGUUCGCAAUCGCAACGGACUUGUACUCCCA